AGUGGUGACUCUUCGUUCUAGAAAUGGUGGACUGUGGAGAGGCACGCCGGGCUCAGCGCAGCGACCGCGAGUAUCCGUACGGAGUACACUACAGAGUACUUGGACCUACGGAGUAUUGGGAAGAGGAUAUUGAAAAGUGAGAAGAAAAAAAGAAAAAGAAAAGAGCCAAUGAUUCUCCAUCUGAUCCCCAGGAGCAGGGGAAGUGUUCAUCCUGUGAUUGGGCACCAGGGGGGGGAUACCGAUGAACAGACCCCAAACGGACCCUGGCAAAUUCUUAGCUCCUUUUCUCGACCCCGGGACCUUUUCUCGAGAAACGGCAGGACCACCACACCAUCACGACCACAACCACCAGCAGGAAAUACGCCGGGUGGCUGGCGUGGAGAACGUGCUACUGUGUAAACCCAAUUCCGCCCGUUUCUCUCCUCGUUCCUCUUCGACAGUCAACCGGCUCCUCUCUAUAGACUCCCAUGCAAAUGCCUGCCUGUGGAUUAUCGCAAGAGAGCCCCAUAACGAUGUACCUGGGACCCCGGGUCUCCUUUAUAUUGUGCCGUACGGGAUACCGCGGAUACUUUGAUGUGGAUUUGCGAAUAGAAGCUUCCCGACGAGGCCC